CUUUGCGCAUGCGCACUCCCCCUUUGCCGGAGCCGCUGCUGUUGCAGCCGCGCGCGGUGGGGGGGGGGGGGGAAAACGCCGGGACUCGUUACCGCGGCAACGGGCGCUGCCGCUUCAGACCCUCCCCGUCACCUAUAGACUCUCCCCAUACCCCUUCGCCCUCCGCUAUAGGCCCUGUGGGAGGCGGAUGUCGGACUCGGGGCAGAGCCCGGCUCCGGGCGGGAGGCGCCGGUGGCCCCGCGAGAACCAAUCCGACGGCGGCGGAGACCGACGGCAGGAAGGGGGGGAGGAGCCAUCGGGGCUGAUGCAGAAGACACCGAUCAUCCUGGCGAAACCCCCGGGGGAGCGGGCCCCGCCCAAGGGCGCCCCCCCGCCGGCCCCGCCCCCGCCGGCCCCGCCCAUAGUGCUGAUGAAGGCGCGGGGGGGCGGUGAGGAGGGGCCUCGCGGGGGCGGGGCGGCGGCGGGAGGGGGCGUGGCCCCAUCCGGAGGGGAGGGGCCAGCGCUGGCCACGCCCCGCGAGAGGGAAGGGGGCGGUCCCCGCCCCACCCAACCCGUGUACAGCCUCCAUGGGAGGGGUCUGCCCCCCCCCGGGGCCAUCGACCCCGUGGCCGGACAGGCGCGACUGGCGGCGCCGGAGAAGAUGAAAACCAGUAUCAAACUGGUGGACGAGCAAAUGAACUGGUGUGACAGCGCCCUGGAGUUCCUGCUGGAGCAGACGGAUGUGCUGGUGGUGGGGGCGCUGGGGCUGCAGGGGACCGGGAAAUCCACCCUCCUGUCCCUCCUGGCCGGGAACCAGCCCGACGACGACCCCCGGGCGUUCGUGUUCCGCCCGCAGGGCCCGGAGCUCCGGGAACGCGGCGGCUGCCAAACGGGCGGCAUCGAUUUCUUCAUCACGCAGGAGCGCGUGGUCUUCCUCGACACGCAGCCGCUGCUGAGCCCGGCGCUGCUCGAUCACCUCAUUAAUAACGACCGGAAGCUUCCGCCCGAGCACAGCCUCCCCCACACCUACGUCGAGAUGCAGUCGCUGCAGGUGGCCGCGUUCCUCUUCACCGUCUGCCACGUUGUGCUCCUCCUGCAGGACUGGUUCACAGACCCCGCCCUCUACAGGUUCCUGCAGACGGCUGAGAUGGUGAAGCCUUCGACUCCGUCCCCUUCGCACGAGAGCGGCGCCGGAGCCGAAGAACCCUCUGAGUUCAACCCCCACCUGGUGUUCGUGCAGACUCGCGCGCGCCCCGAGUCCUUCACCCCACGGCGGCUCCGAGCGAUGAACCGAGUGCUCGACCGCCUGAUGGCCAAUUCCCACCUCAAGUACAAAGGGGCGCUGUCGAUGCGGUCGCUGCUGCCGGGACUGCGGGAGGCGACGCUCGAACCCGAUGUGAACCUCGUGCUGCUGCCGCCCAUGGAGGGGGACAGCGAGGAGCCCCCCCGGCCUGGGGGGGCGUCGGCGCUGUUCCCGCUGCUGCCGCCCUUUCGGGGCCACGGCUCCUUUGGGGCUCUGCUGUCGCGGCUCAGGGGGAGAGUGUUGGCGGCCGCUCGCGCCCAACUGUCCCACACCCUCCUGACCGAGAGGAACUGGUUCCACUACGCCGCCCGCAUCUGGGAUGGAGUGAAGAAAUCCUCGGCGCUGGCGGAAUACGGGCGGCUGCUGGGCUGAGCCCCUAAUUAAACCCCUAAUUAAAGCCCC